AUGACCAAGUUUGCAGCAAUGUUGCGUGCACUGAAGAGACGAAAUUUAGCUGGCCAAAACGGGAAUUUCAAUGUCAGGUGUCAUCAGCUGCACGGUCCCACAUUUCCUGGUAUUUGGGUGCGCGUAGGUUUUGGGGUGGGUGCGCCGAGGUUUACUUUAAAAAAUAUACUAUUAAACAGAUUUAUAUUGAUUUGCUAG